GCGUCUAGACGCGUCUGUCCACCAAAUUCGUCAGUACACGCAACGCUUAAAAUAAUAUUAACUGUUAGGCCUGUAAUAUACUGCGUUUGACUAUGUAUCGUUUUUGAAAUUGAAUGCCGCAAAUCGGAGUAUCAUUGAUGUCUCAUUUUAAAAGACGGACAUUCAAGCCUGUAACUGAAGUUGGAAUUUGACUCCGUUCGUGUGUGCUGAUUUUUUUCUUCUUCUUUGGAGUAGCCUACGGUCAAAUCCUAUGGGUCAAAUCCGUACUGCUUACUUUGAUCGAAUGGGAUCGUUUAAAAUUCAUACGGCAGGAUCUAACUGUACCGGACAGAGACAUGUGGAAGAGGGUCUCUCAUGAACUUUUGGGUCUUCGUGUGUAUUGCAGGAUCAGGCUAUAGGUGUGGAUUUUAGAAUCUCGACCAUGGGCUCUCUGAAAGCUUUGCAGGAGUGGUGCAGGAACCAGUGUGAAAAUUACAGUAAUGUGGACAUUACAAACAUGUCUUCAUCCUUCAGAGAUGGACUGGCCUUCUGUGCCAUCAUCCACAAACACAGACCUGAUCUCAUAGAUUUUGACUCCCUCUCAAAAGAAAAUGUCUUUGAGAACAACCGUCUGGCAUUUGAGGUUGCUGAGAGUGAGUUGGGUAUUCCAGCCCUGCUGGAUCCAGAAGACAUGGUGUCCAUGAGCGUGCCUGACAGAUUGAGCAUCAUCACCUAUGUAUCUCAGUAUUAUAACUACUUCACCAACAAAUCUCAUACUGUCUCCACAAAAAUAAAGAGCCCUGGUGGUCCUGGUCACAUCAAACCAGCCAUAAAGAGACCAUCUGCUCCUCCAGAGGGCCGUGACACUCGGACUGAGUCUGGUGCAGAUUUCCAACCAAAACGCAGUACUCUGAGCAGCAUCUGUUCAGUCUGUGGAAAGCAUGUUCACCUGGUUCAGAGGAUCCUCGUUGAUGGCAAACUUUAUCAUCGGAACUGCUUCAGAUGUAGGGAAUGCAGCAGAACUUUACUUCCUGGCUCUUACAAGUUUACAGAGGAUCCUGGAUCAUUAGUUUGCACACACCACUUCACCAGGUCUGCCUCCACCAAUCAGAAUGGUCAUUCAGAUAUGAGUAAUCAACUAGACAAAUUAACCUCAACAAGCCCAGAAGACCCAAACAAUAGGAGUUUAGAAUCUAAAGCAUCACACAGCGAUGCUGAGAUCACCCCGGAGAGAGAGGAAGAGGAAAUAACAGAAAUAGAAAAAUCAUCAAGUAAGCAACCAGAUGGCAGAUCAAAAGUCGAGACAGAGCACGGAGCACCUUGUUCUUCUAGUCCACCAAAUCCUUUUGAUGAAUCUGAAGAGGAGGAUCAGGACACACAACAAGAAGACCACAAGCCAGCCGCUGAUGUAGCCAAUGGCGAUGGGCCAGCAACUUUGGUGAAGACUACUGCAGCAGAAGGUAGACCGGUUCCAGCACCUAGACGGGUAUUUGAGCUCACCCCUGCUCCUCGGCCUGUACCCAGGCCACGCCCACCUAGACCUUCUGAAAGCCCUAUUGUCAAUGGAGAUCCUGAUACUCAAAUUCCUCAGGCUCCUGUGCCAAGAGAAAGACUGCACUCACCUGCUCGCUCUAGCAAGGCCAAUGACACUCCUAAACCAAAAGACCCACCCUGGCUGGCUCUUGUCCAAUCAGAAACCAAGAAGAAACCAGCACCUCGCCCACCCACAGGUAUAGCUAUACCUCCCUGCACUAGUUCAUCUCCUUCUCAAAAGGAGGAGGAAUCAAGACCAUCCUCUCCUCCAAAUCCCUUUGAUAAUGAUGAGGAAGAAGAGCCAGAAACAUGUCCUGAAGAUCCCCCUGGUCCUGUGGUGGCUAGUCAUCCUUGGUAUGGGAUCACUCAGGCUUCUGAAAUCACAUCUGGGGACACAAGAAGACAAAGUCCUGCCCCUUCUGAAAGUCCCAUAAGUGUCCGAAGGAAGAAGCGACCAGCACCCAAAGCUCCGAAUUCUUCUACAUCAGCUCUUCUUUCAUCUCAGACUUCCUCUCCUGCUUCUUCUCUAGCUCUGAGCACAGAGAGCCUUUCCUCCUCUUCCUCAGACCACAGUGCAGUCCCCCAGCAACCUGCUGCUGCUGAGGACCAUUUGUUUACCAAGAGUGUGUCUGAACCAUCAAUCAACGCUCCUGCUUCUGCCCUGUCCCAAAAAACUAAGCUUCAACCUCACUGUUCUCCAAACCUGCCUCCUCCACCACCACCUACCAAUACCAGCUCAGCACCAGCUACUCCACAAACCAAUCGCAGUGUGAGACGACCACCGUCCCCCUAUUCACAGACACCCAGCGCUCCAGGAAAGCGCACUUGUAAAGAGAAUCCAUUUAAUCGGAAGACAACCACCACUGUAAGCUCUUCUGUAUCCAGACCCCCAAAAGGGCCCCGUCCUGCACGACCUCCUGCUCCUGGACAUGGAUUUCCUCUCAUUAAACGCAAAGUACAGUCAGACCAGUAUAUCUCAGUUGAAGACAUCCAUGUAGAGAUGAGUAAUCUGGAGAAACGGUUGGAUGAAUUAGAGCAGAGAGGGGUGGAUCUAGAGAAGAGCUUACGAGAAUGUUCGAAUGAUGAUGAGGAGGAACAUCUACUUGUUGACUGGUUCACUCUUAUUCAGGAAAAGCAUUUACUGGUACGGAGAGAGGCUGAACUGGUCUACACAGCCAAGCAGCAGAACCUGGAGGAGAGGCAGGCCGAUGUGGAAUAUGAGCUUAGAUGUUUACUUAACAAGCCAGAGAAAGAAUGGGCAGCUGAAGACAAAGACAGGGAAAAGCAAUUGAUGGCAGAACUUGUCACUAUAAUUGAGCAGAGGAACCAGAUUGUUAACAGCAUAGAUCUGGACAGACAGAGGGAGGAGGAGGAAGACAAACUAGUAGCUGCUAUGCUAAAGAAAAAAGAGUUCCAUGGACCGGCUGAGCAGAAGAAGAAAGCAGGGAAGUUUAAGCCCAUGAAGGUUUUGAAGAGACUGAGCACCAAGAAUGAAGGAGUAAAGGACAACAGUCCCCGAAAAGAGAACGGUUGAAGGGUAAACUUAGUGAAGGAAAGAGAAGCAAAAAAGGAUGUACUACAUGUCUAAUUAACACUUUUGAAUAUAUUGCUAUAAAACCGAGCCAGUUAUGUUAAAUUUGCCUUUGAGGUAGUAGCAGCUGAACUGAUAUACUACUGCACUACUGCAGUUUAUAAAAUUUAAAAAACUAAAAUUAACACUGUCUUAGUUAGAUGCAACAAAAUUUUUGACUUAAAAAAAUCUUGAAAGGCUCAACCAAUAUAUAAUCUUACUUUAAUCUCGACAUUUUGAAGUAAAAGAAAACUGAUACUGAAUGUGAUUGACAUUACAUUGAGAGUCCUAAAUUACCCUGACAAAGUUUAACACAUACCUUUCUUUUAAACUCAUCGUUACGGUCAUAGGAAGCCCAUUAGAUGGUAUGACAUUAAUUUUUGCAAAACAUAAUUUAAUCUUGUUCUCUGAGUUUAUAUUUAUUUAUGAAUACUGCUUCUUGUGUUUCUGUCCAUAUUGAAGAGAAAAAGAACUUGCAGUGAAAGUCUUCUUGCCCCAUCCAGGCCUUUCAUCUGAUUAAUUAAAGAAGCGUUGUUGAGAUGAAUGGAGAAAUGAAUUACCAGACUUGCAGUUUAAAAUAUUGUUGAGGGAGAGUGAAGCAUUUCCAUCUCAUGAAUGCUUUUGUGAUUUAUGAGUAACAGGGAUUUGUUGAUUUUUGUCUGCAUGGGUUUGGUUGCACCAGCUGUUUAAUUUUUUAAAAAAAAGUUUUAAAUGGAUAUUAAGUUACAAAUUACGCAGUAUUAAAUAUUUGAGAGUUGCACCAUUAAACUUAGUUCAAACAUAACUACAUAUAAAUAUAUACUAAAAAGCCUCCGACCAUGAGUACCGACUGGAACAUAGCAGAUUUUUAAACUGCAUCCAUAAGCUCAUGUUUUACCUGACAGAAUACAGUGCUUUAGACAAGUUUGUUUGUGUUGACAUUUACACUCGUUUACAUUUUAAAAAAGAGAAUGAAAUGUGAAUAACUGACUUGCAGCUCUCCAGCACGAAACCAGAUCUAAACAGCACACGUCUGUGUGCAUCGUUCUGUGCCAAAAA